AUGAUUGGUUAUUGUGAUAAAGGGGAAUAUCAUAUUAUUGUUUAUGAAAUUAUUAUGCCAUUACGAUCUUUGAAUCUUCACUUCCAUGACCUUAAACCAGGCAAAAAGCCUCUAGAUUGGAAGACUAGGAUGAAGAUAGCAGAAGGUGUUGCUAAAGCUUUAGAGUAUUUGCAUGAUCAAAAGGAUCCUCCUAUAAUUUAUGGUGGCUGGAAAGAAACCGGUAUUUUACUCGAUGAAAAUUAUAAUCCAAAGCUGUCAAAUUUUGAGUGUGCAAAAUAUGGUCCUACUGGGGAUUACAGCACGCUGUUUUCAAAGCUGCGAUACGGUUAUACUACUGGUUCCGAUAUAUGUACGACUGGCAAACUCACUUUGAAAUCUGAUAUCUAUAGUUUUGGUAUGGUUUUGCUUGAGUUGAUCUCUGGGCGGAAGGCUUGUGAUAUAACCAAAACCCAUAAAGAGCACUUUAUUCAUGCAUGGGCACGGCCGUUACUUAGUGACAGUGAGAAGUUCCCAGAAAUUGCUGACCCACUCAUGAAAGGACAGUAUCCAUGUCCAGGGACUUGUCCAAGCUCUUGA